UUAAAGGAGGCCGGAGCCGUGCACAGAGAUUGGCGCUGAGGUCCUGCUGGAGCCCCGAGCUUGCGAGAAAGUCUUUCCAGGAGGGAAGGAAGCCGAGGAGUGGUGAACCUAAGGGACACUGAAGAAAUGCUGGCUGAAAUGAAGAGAGAGCUGCUGUGUAUACUGCUGCUUUGUGGAGCAGUCUUCCCGCUGCCCGGGCAGGAAAUCCACAGGCGAUUCGGAAGAGGAGCCAGAUCAUACAGCGUGACCUGCAGAGAUGAAAAAACCCAGAUGACAUACCGGCAGCAUGAGUCAUGGCUACGCCCCAUGCUCAGAAGCAACCGAGUAGAAUACUGUCGGUGCAACAGCGGCCGGUCGCAGUGCCACUCUGUGCCCGUCAAAGGUUGCAAUGAACCGAGGUGCUUCAAUGGGGGAACAUGUCGGCAGGCUGUAUAUUUCUCAGAUUUUGUCUGUCAGUGCCCUGAAGGAUUUAAUGGAAAACUCUGUGAAAUAGAUGCCAGUGCUACCUGCUACAAGGACCAAGGUGUCACCUACAGGGGCACGUGGAGCACAGCAGAAAGUGGGGCUGAGUGUAUCAACUGGAACAGCAACGUUCUGGCUCGGAAAUCCUACAAUGGGCGGAGUCCAGAUGCCGUCAAGCUGGGCCUCGGGAAUCACAAUUACUGCAGAAACCCAGACAAAGACGCAAAACCUUGGUGCUAUAUCUUCAAGGCCGGGAAGUACAUCUCGGAGUCCUGCAGCACACCUGUCUGCUCCAAGGAAAAAAAUGAAGACUGCUACUUUGGAAAAGGGUUAACAUACCGUGGUACCCACAGCCUUACCACGUCUGGUGCCUCCUGCCUCCAGUGGAAUUCCUUGAUCCUUAUAGGCAAGAUUAACACGGCAUGGAAGACCAACGCCCAGACACUGGGCCUGGGCAAACACAAUUACUGCCGGAAUCCAGAUGGGGAUGCCAAGCCGUGGUGCCAUGUGCUGAAGGACCGCAAGCUGACGUGGGAAUACUGUGACAUUCCCCAAUGCUCCACCUGCGGCCUGAGACAGUACAAGCGUCCUGAGUUUCGCAUUAAAGGAGGACUCUUCUCAGACAUCACCUCUCAUCCGUGGCAGGCUGCCAUCUUUGUCCAGAACAGGAGGUCGCCAGGAGAGAGGUUCUUGUGUGGGGGAAUACUGAUCAGUUCCUGCUGGGUCCUGACUGCUGCCCACUGCCUCCAGGAGAGGUAUCCUCUCCACCACCUUAGGGUGGUCUUGGGCAGAACAUACCGGCUGAUCGCUGGAGAGGAAGAGCAGCAAUUUAAAGUGGAAAAAUACAUCCUCCAUAAGGAAUUUGAUGGUGACACUUACAACAAUGACAUUGCACUGCUGCGGCUGAAAUCGGAUUCGCUGCAAUGUGCUGAGGAAAGUGCCUCUGUCCGCACCGUCUGUCUCCCCGAAGCUGACCUGCAGCUGCCCGACUGGACGGAAUGUGAGCUGUCUGGCUACGGCAAGCAUGAGGCGUCUUCUCUUUCCUAUUCUGAGCGGCUGAAGGAGGCGCAUGUCAGGCUGUACCCGUCCAGCCGCUGCACGUCCCAGUAUUUAUCUAACAGAACCGUCACGAGCAAUAUGCUGUGUGCUGGAGACACGCGGAGUGGAGGGAACCAAGCAAACCUGCAUGAUGCUUGCCAGGGUGACUCAGGAGGCCCCUUGGUGUGUAUGAAGGACAACCACAUGACUUUGGUUGGCAUCAUCAGUUGGGGUCUUGGCUGUGGGCAGAAAGACGUUCCAGGUGUAUAUACCAAAGUUACUAAUUACCUAAACUGGAUUCAAGACAAUGCACGCCCAUGACCAAGAACACCAGUUCCUUGAAAUCAUGCAUACCUUGCCUUCCUACACUUCAGAAGACACACCAAACCAGAGUGCUUCUUUACACAGAUUUCUCCUUGAGCCAUCACACAGUACCAGUUGGGGGGAAAUCAGUAGGAGUGGGGUGAGGAUAUAUUUUAACGGGUACUUCCUACUUUGGAAGUUUUCAGGGGUUAAGGUCUGAUUUCAGAAUAGAUUCUCUCAUACAGAAAGACAGAUAAAUGCUAACCCCUCCCAGAAUACCACCAGCUAGGGCAGAUAAGAGGUGGGGAAAAAGCCUAACCUCCUAGUCUGACAACAUGAGCAGCUUUGGAAACAGGAUCACAAGGAUAAAAGCAUUUCUGUGUAGUGAAAAAAAUAACUAGAUCCUUCAAGAAAGAAGUAUCGCAUUAGAAAUAGAGUGUGUCUAUAGUUACAAGGAAGCCCAACAGGGACAUGGGCCUCCUACUAAGGAAUGGGCUAGCUGGCCAGAUCAUGUUACU